ACUCAUCUUUGCGAUGUCUAUAUAUACUUCUUUUUGUCUUCGCAUCAUGUGAUACGUUAGACGCUGUUAUCUCGGGACACAUGUGACAAGUGGCGAGUCCCGUGUUCCGUAUAGUCGAUUAGCAAGGAGGUAUAUUAUCUCCGUGAUCAGGUCUCGUUUAGCUCUUAAACAAAAUAAGCAUGAAGAUUUGAGACCAAUAAGAGAGCAGCAAAUAUUUCUCGUCGCGUUCUCGUUUGUAGUCACUGGAAAACUAAAGAAGGCUUUCUUGGAGGUGGAAAUCGCCGGACGUUCGUUCCGCUGAAGUGCGCAGACAUGCCCAUGGAACUGAAUUCCUUCACGAAGAGCGAGAACUCUCAGAGGGUGGGGUCCUUGCUCUAUAUAUUCGAGGAGUUCGUCCGACCGGCGCUGGCAGAAUUUUUUGGCGUCACGCUCUUCGUUUGCGUGGGGUGCCUGGCCGUUACUCAGUCUGGGGGUGGCUCUGUACCAGGUGCUGUGCCGUUUUCAGCAGUUUCCAUCGCUUUGGCCCAUGGACUGACCAUCGCGCUCCUGGUCUGCGCACUAGGAAGCGUCAGCGGAGCCCACUUAAACCCAGCAGUGACCCUCGGUGUGUUGCUGGCCGGUGGCAUCAGCAUUCCGAAGGCUGUCAUCUACUUUAUCAGUCAGCUGAUUGGAUCAAUGACGGGCGCUGCACUCGCACGUGGUAUCCUACCGGCCAGUGUGUAUGAACUUAUCGGCGGAGGCGCUCACAACCUGGGCAGCUUCGCUAAGGACUCGGUGACCCCGGGACAGGGCGUUCUGUGCGAAAUGGUGUUGACCAUGGUCCUCGUCAUGACAGUUCUCUUGACGGCAGUCGACCCCAUCACCAAGACUACGUUAGCACCCCUCGCCAUCGGCUUCGCAGUGACAGUAGACAUCCUCGCUGGGAUCCUGAUAACUGGGGCAUCGAUGAACCCAGCCCGUAGUUUUGGUCCUGCCGUUGCCAUCGCUUACCAUGACUCCGACAUCUGGAACUACCACUACGUCUACUGGGUGGGCCCGCUUGUUGGCUCGGCCAUUGCUGCCUCCUGGUAUAGGUUCUUUUUGGCUAGUUCAGAGAAGCGGCUCAUUCUCGCAAACUACGAGCCUAUGCAACAGUAGACAACGGACUAGAGCCAUCUCACACACUCAUCAUCACGUGUCAAUCACUCAUCAGCUCAAUCCAGGGGACGCUGGCAAAAUAAAAUAUUUAAUUAAAAGAACUUCAGAAUAUGAUGGAUGACCAGAGAUUCCCUCUGUGUACAUUUCAACUAUAUGCUUUGUUUUGUUGUUUGUUUUUGGAAGUAUAUUUGAAACAUUUUGACGUGUCAUGUGUGAUAAAUAAUAUUUGUUGUCUGCGAGUUCAGAAAGUCGUUCUUGAUGCAGUGAAUUUCCCCUGUGUGAGUAGUCACAGAGAAUACAGUAUAUGCGGACACGAAUGGCGAUCACCACUACCACUGUGUUUAAUACUCAAACCAAGCGCCUUGAUAAGAAGAUCGACAAGCAGACUUACUGGCGAAGAUAUUCACCCUUUUCUCCACCACCUCUUCCCACACUUAUCAGCUUGGCCUUGUAGAAAGGUGCAUAGCAUGCCUAUGCCGUAUCACUCAUGUGUCUGGUGAACCAUUAAGAGUCGCUAUUAGUACAAUUAAAUUAUCACCGGAUUUAGGGUGGUGGUGUGGCCUGACUUGUGUAUUUGGAACAAACAUCCUGGAAAUAUGCUGAAAACCAACGAUGGAGUCAAGAUGCGACUUUAAUUAAUAAAAGAAAAACGUCU